AAGUAUCGCAGCAGCCCUCCUCACUUGCUUGAACAGUUUACUACUACUACGAGCUGUUGUAAUUGUAAUACUACCAGAGCUUCGUUUUUUUAAAUUCGAAGUAAAAACAGGAUCUACUUGACAGCCAGUGUGAUCGUGUCGCAGUGGCAACUGAGCACAACAGUGUUCGUGUUCUCUAGUUGUACUUGCGGGCACUGGGUAUUAAUUUUGCACAUUUAUUUUUGAGUACCUACGUGGGUGUCUUAGUCUUUCAGAUAAUAUUAAUAUCGUAUCCUGCUUGAACUUUCUUGACCCUCCAUCAUGCCACUGCAGUGGAAAUCGAAGUUUGCGCGGAUCGGAGCGGCUACGGCCUCGACGGUUUCUCUCUUGGGAGGGGGGGGGGCGUUUUUUGUCGGCGCGGCGAAGAUCAGCCCCACGAGUACCCACGCAUGGGUUGGAUCGGAAACCUCGCCGUCGGGGUUUGUGGACGUGAAUCAUGGUCACCGCAAGAAGAGUCGGGUCUUCGACAAGGAAAAGAGGAAGACGAAGACGAAGACGAGAAGUACGAAGGCAAGCCUAGCUGCUCGUGUUGGUCGUGAUGAUGAUGCUGUGAAGGUGGUUAAUGCGGGGGCGAAACUGGGUCAAGCCGGAAUUCUUAUGGAACUCGUAUUUUUCUCUACUCCCGGUAGUGCUUGUGCUUCUACGCACCGGAGAGAUUAAAGUCCGAAAGAGAUUGCCAAGUAGCAGCACGUUACCCAUUCGACCACGAUUCUUGGAUUUUGGCGAGAGUUGUUGCUACCUUUGCAUGUCCGUUUUCUUCAUGCCAUAUGACGAAUGAUGCAUGAGCGCAAGAUAAAUGCAAAUGGUGGUCCGUGGAUUUUGCUGUGAGUACGCAUUUAUUAUUGUCUGAGCCGACGCGGUGCGGGCUUUUGUCUUCGUGCGUUUAUUUUGAUUUUCAUUUUCAUCUGAACCUGGCAUGCUAGGAAAUAAUUUGCUCGUGGAACUGAGAAAUAUCAAAUGCGAAUUUGUUUCGGUCUGGGUCUGGAAGAUUGCAAACCUGUCAUGAUCGGCUGGAGCGGCGAACAUAAACGUUGUGCCAAGCACCAUGUUGCCGAGAUGCUUUUGGAUUUUUUGCGAAAACGCAAUUCGUGGUCAUGCGCAUUCGUAUAAUGAAGCAGACAGUCUGCUUCAAGCUUGUCAUCAUGCCUGAUUGCGUGUCGCAAGCUUCUGAUCAUUGAGACACGAGCAUCGUGACUUCUUCUAGACCGGAAGAAAUUUGCAAGUCAUAAAGAAAAUUUACAUCACGAUAGUGAAGGUCGUGCAAAUUCCGGACGCUGUGGGUGUUGCUGGCGACGCCGCGGCUGGUAUUGUGGGCGGUUUCGCGGACACCGUCGGAGACGUAGUUAGUUUCGUUGACGACGCCGUCCAAUUUGUGCCGAAUGCCGUAAAAGGAUUCUCGGAAGCGUAUGGUUGGCAUUUGUAACCCAACCCUUUAUCAGAUCGCAAACCGAAGUCUUGGCCCCGAGAAGCUGCCCCCUGCCAAUGCUAUAUACGUUGAAAAAUGCCUCGCACCAGACAAGAUUAAGACUUUGAAAAAUGCCUCGCGCAGCCGUACGGGUCACUUAGCUUUUUUCGCGGC